GCCUUGGGUUUAUUUUAUUACACAGCGUUACGUAUCGUCUCCCUCACUCCAUAUGUUUCGUAGUUUCCAGAGUUGACCUAUCCAGUGAGAGUGUCAAAACGGCAUGGUGUCUAUCAAUGGUGUAGAAGAACGCUCUGAAGUGUAAAGGUUAAUCUUUGAAACGGCAGGCUCUCUGUUUGUCAUUUCGUCUCUUUCUUUAAGAGCCAAAAGAAAAAGGAGAGACCUUUAUCGAUUUUGUGAGGGUAAGAUCCAGAGAUUGCAUCAGCUUCAACAUUUAUUAUAAAAUCCAGGUAAUUCUUUUGUUGUUUUCCCACCACGAUUUUUAAAAAAUUCUAGCUUUGGUGUUCUUGUACUGCUUCUUGGAUAAGCUUUUGCUGUGAAACUAGAGUUUGUCUCAUGAGACAUGACUUCUUCAGUGCAUGAGCUCUCAGAUAACAAUGAAAGUCAUAAGAAGCAAGAACGUCCAGAUUCCCAAACUCCACCACCGGUUCCUUCAGGACCGUGUUCUGAAUCUAUAGAUACAAGCUCCGUCUACUCAGAGCCGAUGGCGCAUGGGCUCUACCCGUAUCCAGAUCCUUACUACAGAAGCGUCUUUGCACAUCAAGCGUAUCUUCCACAUCCAUUUCCUGGGGUUCAAAUGCAGUUAAUGGGAAUGCAUCAACAAGUGGUUCCAUUACAGUGUGAUGCAGUCGAGGAGCCUGUGUUUGUUAACGCAAAGCAAUACCACGGUAUACUCAGGCGUAGGCAAUCCAGGGCAAAACUUGAGGCUCGGAACAGAGCCAUCAAGUCAAAAAAGCCAUAUAUGCAUGAGUCUCGGCAUUUGCAUGCGAUAAACCGUCCAAGGGGAUGUGGAGGCCGGUUUCUGAAUGCUAAGAAGAAGAAUGGAGACCGUAAGGAAGAGGAGGAGGAGGCAACCUCUGAUGAGAACACUUCAGAAGCAAGUUCUAGCAUCAGGUCUGAGAAAGCAGCCAUGGGUCCUAAUGUCAGUAGAUCUUGAGUAAAGGCUCCUGCACAACAACAAGUUUAGUUUUGUAUUUUGGGUGGAUGUUUGUAUCAGUGGAAUAUUGUUUUUAUUGUUUUGGACACUCUCUGUAGACUGUGUAUAGGUUUAUUAUUGCUUGGAGCAGA